UCGAUUCAAAAGUAAAUACAUCUAAAAAGCAACAUUUUAUGUUAGGCAGCCUUUUUUUUCUCUUCUCCUUCGAACAGCGAGACGUACCAUACGCCGCAAGGAACUGGGGCUUUAUUACAAAUAACUUUCUGGAAACCUCUUCAUACGAAUAGAAGACGUUAUAUUGUUGCAUGUAAUAGAUACAGUAGCCAAAUAUAACAAAACGGAGGGAAAUAAAGAAGAAAACCGUGCAAUAACAGCAGCAAAUAUUUUAGCGAUGGAAGAUACGGUUGCUUACGGUCCUUAUCGGCAUUAUUUAUUGUAAACCAACUUGUGCUUAACGGAUUGUGGAGUCUACUCUGGUGUUCAACUCGAACAAUAAUACACAAGCACGCAUGUGAUACAGUACCCGUCUUUGGAUUAAGAUAGCUAACAUCUACGCAACAGAUAUCCACAAGCAAUCAUAGAGAUGAAUGGAGUAUGUAUGAAAUGUGAACACAGAUACAAGUUUCUUUGAGGUGCACUAAAUACACACGCUAAGGCAUUAAUCCCCCUGACAGACGACGGGCAGAGGUCAGCUGUGUUAAAUGUCACAUUCUGUCCAAUGGGAAAAUGAGCUGCGGUGGUACAAGCCAAUGAUAAUGACAGGACAUGGACGGGCAUAUAUUGUAUCACAUUGGUUUUCAUUUAUCUCAGUUUUAUGUCGGUGAUAAUUCGUCAUUGUCAAAAAAAGGUGUGAAGGCUUUGACAAUUACUACAAUGAAACUAAUUUAUGGGGACGGAAAACCCAACAUCGCCUGUUCUUUACGAUCGGAGACUUGUUGUGUGGUGGGGUUUUUUUAAACUGCAGAAUUGUAAAGAUGUUUCAACAUAGUGACAUGCAGGUUUUAUUUGUGUUAAUAUAUGACCAUUAACAAUGGAUGUGUACUCCAGCGAAGAUGAUUUUAAUAACGACCCUCAUAGGUGUUUCUUGACAAUAACGGCGCCUUGUGGAGCUUCCCAUAUGAUGAAACAAUCGCUGUUUCCUCUGUUGGAGUGGAUAGAUCCAGCGCUUGUCACGAUACGAAUCCAGGAAUCGGCAAGCAUCCACAAGACAGCAGACGUGAGUUUUUCAGAAGACAAACCUGAGACAACAGUUAAGAACAAUAGUCUCUGUACGCCAUCUCUUGCCGUCAUAUUGUUUCUGACAGGGAAAGGAAACUUCGGUUGUCAACGGAUGCAGAAGUGUUUCCUGGACAACAGGUCGUGGCGACGACAUCAUUCGAUUGAGCUGUCCCACAAAUGGUCUGAGACCCUAGCUGGACGACAGGACUUUUACAGCCUAUUUAACCAUUCCCCGUUGUGGUGUAUCAACGAGUCGUACGGCAAGCCCGAGGUUCUGCGCUUCACGAUAUUUGUUAAGAAUUUCACUUCCAUGGUGGAGUUCUACAGGAUCGUGACGGAGACCGAGAUGGAGAGUCAGAAACCCGGCUUUUGCAUCUUCCCGUUAUACCAGCAGCCAGGAUUGCACAUAGAAUUGUGCUUGAAGCACCACAAACGACUAAGGCCUUAUUCAGUACCGACAUCUUACCUCACGUUUAAAACACGGAAUAUAAAAGCGCUGAAGGAUUCCCUUGGUGUGACUGUUACGGAAAUCAAGAGGCAUCAGUACAGAGUUGUGGACCCUGAUGGGAACGGUAUUAUCGUGUGUGAUGUCGCCUCCAAAUACCAGACCCCCACGACGUCUGUCGACAACGCUAACCUCAGUGCAAACACGUUUGACGUCACUAACGAUAAAAGCACGUGCGACAACCACGAUCGUGAUUCGGGUCGAUUUUCGGAUAGUGACGUAUGUGACAGUGACGUAGCAGCAUCUGUGGAGAAGCUUUACAGGCUAGAGCACGUGCUAAAUGGACGUCACUGUGGAGAUUAUAUCGACUGUCUGGUGUACCAACAGGAAAAGGAUGGACGAAAUACUCCUACUAACUGUGCAAUAUCAGACAAACUGUGCAGGAGCUGUAGAAGGGAUAUAUCACAUAAUUGCUGUCUUACUACCUCAGACUCCACGUGCGUGUGCAAUAGCAAUAAGGAUUGUGUGUAUUCUCCGGAAGGAUAUAUCGACAUGGUAUUUAAAAAUAAAGCAUUAUCGGCUAUAAUGAAACAAUCAACUCAAAUCCGGACAAUGCCAACGACUUGUUCUGAAAUGGCAGGCAAUAGGUGCUGCAGUAAUGUAAUAAAACUUGAACAAAGGUUUGAAAAUGUGACAAAAUCUACAUCUGUCUGUAGUACAGUCAACAAAGCUCCUACAAGCGGCGUAGCAGUGAACCAACACCAGUCUCUGCAAACUGUGGGACCCAGUGAGCUGUCUACAAAAAAUGUAAAGGGUGAAGAAGUCCGUUCUCAAAUGACAUCAUCAUCAUCAUCAUCAUCAUCAUCAUCUAGACGAAACACCCGUUUCCAGACACCUGUGUUUCUCUAAAUGUGUUUACAUUAUGCAGACCACUAUAGUACAUGUAUAGAGACACGUGUAAUAAUACGCCCAGUAUGACGGGGUGAGAUAUCAUAGAUUAUCUUACGACUGUAUCGUUCAAUAAUGAAGCAGUAUCAAGGGUCAGCGUUUUGGAAAAAACCAUACUCGACAUAGCGUGUGUUUACUUAGAUUAACGAACCUUAGCAAAAGGUGGGUACUGAGUUAAAGCAAAAUUUAAACAAAAUGGUAUAUUUCUUUAUGCCCCGAGGCAUCGGGUUUCAGGAGAAUCUAGACGUGUUUGCUUAAUAAUGUCUUUGUUGGUCGACUCGACACGUUUAUUCAGAUGUCGACCUUUUAAAGGUAUUAGCUGAAUAGAGGUACGCUAACCGACACCUAAAAAAAAAAAAAUAUAUAUAUAUACAGACACCAAGGGAUGGUGUUUGUUUAUAAGGUGUGGAAGUAACCACUGUUUGACAGCUGCUUAAAUGUUUUUUUAUUUUGACAAAUUGUUAUGUUUUUUAGAGUCUGACCUCACCAGUAAUUUGUUUUUUGAAGGAAGGAAGGAAGAAAGGAAAAUGUUUGAUUUAACGACGCACUCAACAUAUUUUAUUUACGGUUAUAUGGCGUCGGACAUAUGGUGAAGGACCACACAGAUAUUGAGGGAGGAAACCCGCUGUCGCCACUUCAUGAGCUACUCUUUUUCGAUUAACUACAAGGGAUCUUUUAUAUGCAACAUCCCAUAGACAUGAUAGCACAUACCACGGCCUUUGAUGUACCAGUCGUGGUACACGGGCUGGAGCGAGAGGUAGCUCAAUAAGCCCACUGACGGGGAUCGAUCCCAAACCGACCGCGCAUCAAGCGAGCGCGUUACCACUGGGCUAAGUCUCGCCCCCUUUGUUUUUUUCCCUAACUUAUCUUUAUGGGGAGCCAUUUAAAAUAUAUCCAUAAUUAGUAUUGCUAUUUAAUCCUUUUGCAGUACUUUAAUUAAAACAAAAAUCACAUUCCUUUUUGUGGCGGUGCAAGAAAAAUGAAAUCUCUUCUGAUAGUGUGACGCUUUAAUUAUUUAUUCUGAAUUUGUCAGUCUUUAAUUCUCCUGAUAGUGUGACUCUUUAAUUAUUUAUUCUGAAUUUGUCAAUCUUUAAUUGUUCUGAUAGUGUGAAUCUUUAAUUCUGCUCAAUGUGUCAGUCUCUUUAAUUCUCCUGGUAGCGUGAAUACAGCGAGCGUCCUUACUAUUCUAAUGAAAUAUUUCUAACAAGGUACAACAUAUACAAAAAUAGCAAAUCCUUCAACAAACCCCCUCCCCAUCUUUAUGCGUUUUCCUGAAUCUGACUGAAUAUGAUAUAUAAUCAUACAUUUACCAACUACUUAGAAGUAAAUUUUAUAUUCAUCACUGUUUAUUUUAUUUUAUAUUACUAUCAUUGUCAUACAAUUGUAAUAAAGCUUUUUACAUCAACUAGCUGCAGUGGUUGCAGCCAAUAAAAAUAC